UGGAUAGUGCUAAGCAUUUAUGAGUACGGAUCUGAUAUGAAAAAUACUUACUAUUUUUUUUUUUUUUGACAAGGGUAAUGGUUAGGAAGUUAGUAGAGUUAGAUGUUAGCAACUAGGACUUCCCAGAAUAGUGAACAUUUCACCCCUCAGAUGAGGCGCGUAACCAUUAGGUCGCAAGUUGGUGGAGUUCACGGCGAUAGCAAAGUUCGAAGCCCUGACCUCCCGCUUCACUCAAGCCCUAAUGCUUGGGGGCUAACCACUGGGUCAGAGGCCCGGUUGGCGAAAAAUACUUACUUGAUUUGAAAAUUUUUAGGGAUUUAGGGAUUUAGCGAUCAACUUCUAUUGUCUUUGUCUUCUUCCCCCCUUCGUCUUUGUUUGGCAAGAUCUGCAAUUCAUCGAGCAUGGGGUUCUUCGUCAAGCUUUGAAUCUUCUGUCAAAUUACCAUAUUUUGAGGAUAUCUAGGCUUUUAUUUUGUUUGGCAGCUUCUAUCAUCUUCUUCCCCUCUUCGUCUUUUAAAAAUUAAAGGUUAAAUACCUUU